UUUUUUUUUUUUUUUUUGGGGUAUUUCUCGGUCGCUGUCAGACAGGGGUAACGGUUUUCCUUUAUAUAUCAUGAGUUGGGUCUCCCUCCAAAGAACGCUGUUGUCGACGAAAACUCCUGUUGUUUUAAUUAAACCUGCUUCCUGUCAGCCUGGUUCCCUGUUUCAUUAGAUAUUCAGAUCUCUUCUUACAGAAAUGUCUCGAAUCAAAUAUCUACUCCACAAACUGGAGGUCUCGCAUGAGCCUGGCUUGACAAAUGCUCAGUUGAUGUUGACGAACCAUGACUUGCGUCCCGUCGAACGAGAACGUCGUCAGUGGAGAUGGAUCAACUUCAUCGCCUUUUGGAUUGCCGAUUCUCUGAACAUUAACACAUGGAUGAUAUCUUCCUCGAUGAUCGUCGAUGGCUUGUCCUGGUGGCAGGCAUGGAUCUGUGUCUGGGUGGGGUACUUCCUGGCAGCUGUCCUCGUGUGUAUGACCGGCCGGAUUGGCGCUGUCUACCAUAUUUCAUUCCCUGUGACAGUGCGGGCAUCGUUUGGUAUCUGGGGGUCAUUCUGGCCGGUGUUGAACCGCGCAGCGAUGGCGGUGAUCUGGUACGGUGUCCAGGGCUACAUUGGAGGUGAAUGUGUCACGGUGAUGAUCGAGGCUAUUUGGCCUAGCUAUAAGAACCUACCGAAUCAUAUCCCUGCUAGUUCUGGAGUUACCACGAAGAACUUCCUGAGUUUCUUCCUGUUCUGGCUGUGCAGUUUGCCUGCCCUGUGGUUCCCCAUCCACAAGAUUCGACAUCUCUUCACCGUCAAAGCGAUCUACUCGCCAAUUGCGGCAAUCACUUUCUUCGCGUGGGCUAUUUCCCGCGCCCAUGGCCUGGGCCCCAUCGUGAAGCAGCCCAAUACUGUCUAUGGAACUACACUGGCCUGGGCAAUCGUCAAGAGUAUCAUGAGCUGCAUGGGGAAUUUCGCCACUCUGAUCGUCAACGACCCUGAUUUUUCGCGAUUCGCCCGCACGCCCAAAGACGCUUUAUGGUCCCAACUUCUUACUAUCCCGCUAGGAUUCGCCAUCACCUCGUUCAUCGGCAUCAUUGUUUCCUCCUCAUCAAGCGUGAUUUUCGGCGGUGACACGGUGUGGAGCCCAUUGACGCUCCUGGGCAAGUUUCUGGAGGGAGCCAGCUCCGCUGAGCGAUUCGGAAUCUUCAUCAUCGCUCUUGGCUUUUCUCUGGCCCAGCUGGGAACCAAUAUUGCCGCCAACUCUGUCUCUGCUGGUACAGAUAUGACUGCGCUGUUGCCGCGGUAUCUCAACAUCCGACGUGGUGGCUAUAUCUGCGCCGCCAUCGGGUUAGCCAUGUGUCCCUGGAACCUUGUGGCCUCGUCUAAUCAAUUCACAACUUAUCUCUCCGCCUACUCGAUCUUCUUGUCUUCCAUUGCCGGUGUCAUGAUCAGUGACUACUACCUUAUUCGCAAAGGCUACUUGGACGUCAGAGAGCUUUACAGCGCCCGCCACCAUGGAGUUUAUUACGGUCGGUAUGGGUUCUCCUGGCACGCCUAUGCCGCCUACAUCUCUGGAAUCCUGAUCAACAUUGUCGGGUUUGCGGGGGAAGUGGGACGAAACGUCCCCGUUGGAGCCAAAUACAUCUACAACAUCAACUACUUCUCGGGCCUGAUUGUCUCGAUGGCCGUGUAUUGGACCCUGGUUCAGAUCUUCCCCAUUCCUAGCAUGGGUGACAAAUGGAACGAAGUGAAUGUCGAUGUGGAACAUCUCUCCGUUGCGUAUGGACAAGAAGUGAGCGACGAGGAGAGCGGAGAGCUCGAUAGAGGCGAGAUCCACAAAACAGAUGACAACGAGGCGUUCAAAUUAUAAGGUAUUCUUGCUUCUUUCUCUGGCGCGCUGGCAGAGAUGAUACCUACCUAACCUAUCUAAUUGCAAAGGCUGCCAGGCUGCAGCAGUCUGAGAAUAGUUACGAGAUAUGACGUCAUGUUUUGCUUUGACCUUCUAUAGCUACUCCAUAUACUCCUUUCCUGAGUCAUUAUUCCACGACGCGUGUAUCCAAGUAGUGGCUUGCUCUGUUGAGCUGAAGUGGAACUGAGGAUUAUCCAGAUGGACCCCCCAGCCCAACUUCUGGAGGCAUGGAAAAACAUUCAAUUCACAGGAGAUUCUCCUUCUAAUCUGCACACAGUUUCUGACUUGAGCUCGGUUUUACUAAAGCCAGGUGUUUUCUCAAUUGAGAAAUCAAUUGAAUCUCCAAACCCCACGAUGGACCCAGCGGGGUCCCAAUUCGGUCGCCGACUGCAGCUUCAGCCUCACAAC